CCCGCCGUGUCCACGGAGAGAGGCUGAGGGCGCCGAGCUCCGGCCCGAGGCACGGGGGCGCCGGCACGGUGACCAUGUCGGCCUCCCUCGUCCGGGCAACCGUCCGGGCUGUGAGCAAGAGGAAGCUGCAGCCCACCCGGGCCGCCCUCACCCUGACACCUUCAGCAGUAAACAAGAUAAAACAACUUCUUAAAGAUAAGCCUGAGCACGUAGGUGUAAAAGUCGGUGUCCGAACCAGGGGCUGUAAUGGCCUUUCUUAUACUCUGGAAUAUACAAAGACAAAAGGAGAUUCUGAUGAAGAAGUUGUUCAAGAUGGAGUCAGAGUGUUCAUCGAAAAGAAAGCACAGCUAACACUUUUAGGAACAGAAAUGGACUAUGUUGAAGACAAAUUAUCCAGUGAAUUUGUGUUCAAUAACCCAAACAUCAAAGGAACUUGUGGCUGUGGAGAAAGCUUUAAUAUUUGAAACCUCAGGACUUCUGGCCAUAAGCCCCAGGGCAGCUCGAAGAGGCCUUUGGGUUUACUGAAGAAACCAAGCGACUGCCACGUGCUUAAUAUGUGGCUGUCUUGCAAAGAAAAUAAAGUGAUGCAUUUUGAAAAUGAAGCCAGUGUGGUGGAUUCCAGAAGAAAUGGUAUUUGUAUUCUCUGUAGGGGACAGAAAAUGAGAAGCCAUUGCUCCUUUUGGAUCAUUUCACUCUCCGCAUCCUUUCUUAGUAGAACCAGUUUCAUUGAAGUUGCCUCCCGAGCACCUGUUCAUCCAUUCAGCAAAUAGAAUAAUAGGUGUGCACCCGUUGGAGCGCUGUGGAGUGGCUUGAAUGUGCGUCUUUCUCAACAUUUUUCUCAACUGGACUGGUGACGCCUAAGUUUCAGAGGUAGAAAAUCCUGACUGCUGGUGCAGUAACAUGCAGGUACACUGUUUUUCCACCCAAACUUGGCAUGGCCUUUUUAUGUCUUGAGCAAACAUUUCAUUGUCAGAUGCCUCACUUGCAUACCACAUACCCUUUAACGGCUGGGUGAAGAUUUCCUUGAACUGUAGUGUAGAACUGAGUUCUGAGUGAUGGUAUCAAAAGGUGAGAAAUACUUUAUCCAGCUGGUUUUUAAUCCAUUUCUUCUGCCACCCUGUCUGCUCAAAGAUGGGAUCUCAAGAUGAUUUGGAUUGUUUUAGUUGAAGAAUUUCUUAAAAGCCAUCUAACCUUGCUCCCCCAAUUCUGUAUG